CGAUUAAUACAAUAUGGCGAACAAAGAUAACGUAUUAUUUCCAGAAUAUAGAAAUGAAUUUAACGUUUGGUUGCAUGAUCGUCUUCAAUCUCUUGAACUUGACGAAGAAAUCUUAGGAGAGUACAUUACCGGUAUUUUGUAUGGUGAUGAUUCCACGCUUGAUGAGAAACGCGAAGCCGUGGAACAAACAAUGGAAUCUCUCAAUCAUGAUGUUGGCUUUGAGAUUUUUUCAAAAUGGCAAGACUUGGAAAAUAGAGGUGAAAAACAGAAAAAGGAUAAUGAAAAUACAAAAAAUGACAUAUUGACUGAAGUCAUUGAAAGACAAACAAAACAAGCAUUAAAUGCAAACAUCAAGCAAAUGCAUAUGGUUGACAAGAAUGUGAAAAAAAGCUUGAUUGCACAGUAUGCACAGGAUUUGGAUGAGAACUUUGAAUCUGGUAGUGAUGAUGAUACAGGACAGUCUCCAAGAAAAGAUAAAGUUUUGUUUCAAAAUACAAAUGCUGCAAUGGUUAUGGAAAAGGAAAAACAGCAACGUGAAAGACAAAAGCAAGACAGUGAAGACAAAAAAGUUAAGAUCAAAGAGGAUAAAGAAAGGCAGAAAUAUAAGGUAGAACAAAGGAAAGAAAAGGAAAAAAAACGAACUCAAAAAGGUGAACGAAGAAGUUCAAGCACAAAAUAUGGAAUAUACAGUGUCAGAAAGUAUGAUGAUUUUGUCCUCAAGCAUGUUGUGCCUUGCAUAUUGGCUGCAUGUUUAAAUGCAAGUUGAAAGGUUGUCAAUUUCAUUUCAACAAAAUGAUGUCAUGUUAUUGCAGUGUUUGGAAGAAUUAAAAAAUUUAAAGUA